AUGGUAGACCUGCUGGAUACCGUGAAAGUGAUCUUGUCAGUGGCCAGUCUUGAAGACAAGCAACAGCACUUGGCGGGCCCACGCCUUCUGAAUAGACUGAGUGGUGAAGCUUUGCGGGCAACAGAACAUUUGUCCGUUGCAAGCAUCCGCAGCACAGAGGGUUGGUUGGAGGUGUUGAAAACGCUUGACAAGCAUUACAAGUACCUUCUUGAGACCGAACUUCACGAAGCAAUUGAUGAGUUUUUGUUUUUGCUGCGUCGUCAUGGAGGUGAAGGAGCAACAGCCUUUGCUAGCAGAUCCAAAACACAACUCAAUCGCCUGGAAACCUUGAUAGCCCAGGAACGAGCCCUGACCAAAAAGAAAAGAAAGAAGAGAUCAAAACGAUCUCGCAGCACCCGUGGUGCAGGCCUUGCAUCCGAUAGCAGUUCCCACCAUAGCAGCCUAGAAGAAUCCGAACUUGAGUCCAUGCAGGACGAGCCACAAGAUGAGCCAACCGAUGGCCCUGAUGAGCAUCCGACCGGAGCUGCAGCAGCAUCCCCUGCUUCUGGCCACGCUGCGGAGCAGCCUGCUGCCUUUGAGUCGCCGAGAGCCGAGUCUAGGACCAGGACAGCGAAGGAAGGGGGAGAGAGGGGACCAGGUGGGUGGGAAGGGGGAGUGGAGCGUGCACCCAGCUAUACUCCUGUAUCCAAGGUCGCACUGGAAGAGGUUGGAGGGGGGGAAUCUGAGGACUGGCCUGAGGACAUUUCCACUAGCGGCAGCCUCGGGCAUCCGUUUCUAUGCCGUGCCCCCUGCAUCCGCGCAGUUCAUGGAACGUGCAUGAAAGGUCCCAGGUGCGAGUUCUGCCACCAGGAACAUGCCAAUCCCAAGCGCAAGCUGCGUAGAGAGGAGCGGCAGUUUUUGGAGAGCAUGCGGGAGUUGCUUGCUUUGCUCAUGUUGCAAUGGCAGCUUGAGAGGCUCUUGGUCACGCCCAGGCUUAGGGAUGAUCUCCGCCUAGUUCUGGCAGUUUUGGAGCGGCGGGUGAAAUUCUUAAGGCAGGUGCAGCCGCCGACCCCCGGUGAGCUACGGCAGGCCAGGGAUAAUCAGUGGAUUCUGCGCGGAUUCUCCUUUGGCCACCUGUUCACUUCCCUUCAGCACUGGCCCCAAGUCAGUGCCACAUUUAAAAGUGAAGUGAAGCUCUUAGUGGAUAGCGCACACCGGAGUAUGGAGAUGCAACGGUUGGGAUAA